AUGAUCGCUCUCCUCGUGCUGCCCUUCUGCCUCCUGGCCGCUGCGGCCCCCCCGUCCAACUGCCUGCCCUGCGCCUCCAUCCAGAAGGCUCUGCAGCCGCUGCUCUCUCCGGGGGCCUCUGUCUCCUGCAACACGACCGUCCCCAGAUGGAGUGAGUACGACCAGCCGACUCCGGGCACCGUGGUCACCGUGUCCACCGAGGACGAUGUCGCCGUGGCGGUUCAAUACGCCGUCAAAAACAACAUCGAUUUCCUGGCCCAGAAUGGUGGAAACGGCUGGUCGACCACGCUGGGCAAUCUCAACCAGUGCGGCCUGCUCAUCAACCUGCGCAACCUGAACCAAAUCACCUUCCACGCCCCGGACCAGGCCACGGUGCAAGCCGGAGCAAGCAUCUCCGAGGUGGUCGACGCCGCCUGGGCCAACAACGCCCGCAUCUACACGGGCACUUGCAACUGUGUCGGGUUCCUGGGUGCCGCGCUGGGAGGUGGUCUUGGUCGCACGAUGGGCCUGUACGGGCUGGGCGUCGAUCAGUUCAUCUCCGUCAACCUCGUCGAUGCGUCUGGGCAGCAGAUCACCGUCACGCCGCAGCAGGCGGAUCUGUGGUGGGCUCUGCGAGGCGCAGGGCCCAAUUUCGGCAUCGUGACUUCGGCCACCGUGAAGGCGUAUCCCAUCGCCCAGGCCCAGAACACGGCCUGGACGGGUCCCCUGUUCUACAACUCGAGCCAGAUCGAGGCCGUCGUGGGCGCCAUCAACAACCUCACUCUCGCGCCGGAGAUGCAGGUCGACUUCUACUACACCACGUCGGGGGCCCCGGACUACACCCCGGCGGUCAUCGCCCUGCCUUUCUAUCUGGGGAACGAGACGGCCGGAAAAGCCGCCUUCGCCUCGCUCUACGCCGCUGGACCGGAGAUGGACGGCACCUCGACCCUGCCGUACAACACGUGGAACGCCGCGGGGGAUUCCUUCUGUGUCAAGGGCGGGCGCAAGGCGGCGUACGGCGCGUCGACGAACAACAUGGAUCCGACAACCUGGCGGGCCAUCUGGGACGAAUACACUACGUUCCUCCAGACGCCCAACACGGGCAACACGUCCGUCCUGGUCGAAUGCUAUUCCGUCGAGAAGGCAGAGUCGAUCGGGGCCACGGCACCGGCCUCGUAUCCCUUCCGCAACGUCAAGUGCCACGCCAUUGCGAUCCCGUGGUACGCGGACCCCAGCCUGGAUGCGGCGGCCAACGUGUUUGGCGCCAAGGUUCGCGACCUAAUCCGUUCGUCGGACGGUCUGGCGGCGAACAGCUCCUACAUCAACUUUGCGCACGGCGACGAUCCUUUGCAGAACGUCUAUGGAGACAGUCUCGAGAAAUUGCGGGCUCUCAAAGCGAAAUACGAUCCGCUGAAUCGGUUUGGUUAUUGGUUUCCUUUGCGAUAG